AUGUCCAGACUCCAGAGUCUGAAGGUCUUCGUCAACCAGCGGCUGACCGCGGCGGUGGAGGAGAUCUUCGGACACUUUGAGAAAACAAUAACCGAGUAUGAAGAGGAGAUCACCCGCCGCCAUCGCGAGAUGCUGGAUGUGGUUCAAACACCUGAGAUAAAGCAGAGAGAUGUCCACCAGCUGCUGGUGAGUAGAGAGGAGCUGCCCCCUAAGCAGCAGGAGUGGAGCUCCAGUCUGGACCAGGAGGACCCAGAGCCCCCACACAUUAAAGAGGAACAGGAGGAACUCUGGACCAGUCAGGAGGCGUCCAACAUCAUUGAGUUCCCGUCCUCUCCUGUUCCUGUGAAGAGUGAAAAUGAUGAAGAGCUUCAGUCUUCACAGCUUCAUCAAAACCAAAGUGAACCUCCAGCCAGCAGCUCAAGUGGACAGAUAGACACAGAAGCUAAUGGAGAGGACUGUGGAGGACCAGGACCAGACAGGAACUUAGAUGCACAUAGUUUUUUACAACCACUCAGUGAUGACAAGGUUUCAAACUCCUCUGAACCUGAGACUGAAAUCAGUGACGAUGACUGUAAGGAGACAGGGGGACCUCAGCCAGGUUUAAUCUCCGAGUACACCAAUGUCCCUGUGAGUGAUGUCACAUGUAAUGCUGGAAAAAAGUCAUUUAUCUGCUGUGAAUGUGGGAGAAAAUUUGGUCGCAAGGACAGUCUGCGGAGACACAUGAGGUAUCACACAGGAGAGAAACCAUACAGUUGUUCAGUUUGUGGCAAAAGAUUUUCCCAAAGGCCAAACUUAAUUCGUCACAUGAGAUGUCACUCGGGAGAAAAACCUUUCAGUUGCUCAUUUUGUGACACGAGUUUUGCUGUGCGCAGCGCUUUGGUAAACCACAUGAGAAUCCAUACUGGGGAGAAACCAUUUAGUUGCUUAUAUUGUGAGAAAAGCUUUACACAAAAGGGAGGGCUGAAAAAACACAUGACUGUCCACACAGGAGAGAAACCAUACAGUUGCCCAGUGUGUGAUAAAAGUUUUUCUCAAAAGGCAAAUCUGACGUACCACUUCUCAGUGCACACGGGACAGAAACAGUUCAGCUGCAGCGUCUGUGACAAAAGAUUCACUUGGCAGUCGCAGGUCAAGAGCCACAAGUGUGUGGGUGAGAGCAGCAGCAGUAACUGAAGCUGCAGAGCUGCUGGUUCACUGGAGGAAACUCUCUGCUGUUAACUUCUCACUUCACGCCACAGACAGUUCAGUUAGCUGAGGCAUGAACAACAUGGACUGUUCUGUAACAUGGUCUCAGUGGAAAUACUUAUGAUUUCUGCUGACACAUGACACUACUAUAGGACGUUUAUAGUACUGUCUUUGGACACAAAGGGUACAUCCCACUUCCCUUGAUUGAAUCCUCAUUUCACUCACUUGCAUCUUUUCCUUGUAUAGACCGUCCCACUAAAGACAGGAGGAGAGAGGAAGCAAGUGAAUAAUUAUUUAAUAAUAUUCAUGAAUGACUUUCUGUACCAUUUUGGCAGAACUAAGUUUCUGAUCUGUUGUACCAAUAAAGCUCAUUUGAAUUUUGAUUUGGAAACGAGACACCAUCAUCUGAAGCAUGAUCAGUUUCUGAUGAGGACCGCACAGCUGGUUCACAGCUGUCAGUCAGCUUAACUUGUGAGUGUUAGGAGUUUAUAUUUGCAUAUGGACGUUACCACCAGCGGCUCAGCUGUGUUUUUUAAGUCUCUUUGUUUGAAUAUGUUUAAACUAACAGACAAACAUCUGCACCUUUUUAAAAACCUGUAUUCUGUAUUUGAACUGAGCUCAAUAGUGUAAAAUGAUUUACCAGCCCAAAGAGUAAAUAAUCUUAAUGUGUCUGACAUCAACAGAAACUUUAACACAGAUUCACUGUUUUAAGUCGACUGUGAAUCUGAAAACAGAACCGCUUAAGUUCACUUCACUUACAUAUAAAACUGCAGUAAUGUUGUGAUGUCCUGUGACAUUGGUCCAAUCACUAACUGAUUUCUGUGAAGGAUGUUCUUGUGUUUGCUCGAUCACGUCUCCUCUGAGCACUGGAACUUUCUUUGAGAUGGAACCAGAACCAGAUCAAGUUCAGAACAUUUAAACGAGGGAACUGAUUUGUCUCCGGUGACUUUGGUAUUUACAGACAAUAAAUGAUCU